AUGAGUGAGGAACAAUUUCUUCCAUCAUUUGAAGGAACUUGGGCGAGGCUGUCCCAAGUUGCUGUCAAGGGUGCUCAAUAUAACUCCCAUGAACAUCAGCCCCAUCCAAAAUGUUUGGAUGGGACCUGGGUGGAUUUCCUCAAAUACAUUUACCGAUUACUGGAUGAACAAGAGAAGAAUCAACUUAUAUGGCUGCAUGGCAUGGCAGGCAUUGGAAAGUCUGCCAUCAUGUUCACUGUAGCUGAGAGGAUGAAAGGUCUAAAAGUGACAGAAGAGAUGAAUGUUGAAAAGCAGCUAGCAGGAACAUUCUUUUUCUCACACAAGCACAUGAAAUGUUGCAUGGCUGGAUAUUUCUUUGCAACACUUGUCUACCAGCUUGCCAACAAUUUCCCCAGCAUUUGGAAGGAUGUAAACAGGGCUAUCCAUGAUAAUCCCACUCUACUAGACCCUGAUGCACCUCUCUGUGACCAGAUGGAGGCUCUCUUUCCCCAACCUCUCUGGUGGCUUUGA